UGCACGACCUGGCUUACAAGAAGGCGCCGGAUAUUGCUAAAGAGCUUGGCGAGAACAUUCGCAAGCUAACCAUCAUAGUGGGCGAGCUGGCUACGUCACUGGAGAAGGUGUCAGAUGUGCCGCCCACCGACUGGAUGGCUGUCGGCGACACCAUUGCGUCUAAAACAGAAAAGCUGAACAUGGCCGAGAUCGCACCCUUCUGGACAUACAUCCCCAAAAUGAAGGACUUCCUCUCCAUUAAGCUGCUCGGUGCCGGAGGCUUCGGUGCUGUCUACAAAGCGGCUUACAGGCCGACGAACCUCAUCUGCACGGUGAAACUGGUGGCGUGCGACCGCUUUCAGAGGCACAAGCAGGCCUGCAUCGACAAGGUGGUCGCCUCGGUCAUCAGGAGCCCCUUCCUGGUCAAGUAUUACGCGUGCUGCUCCACACGCGAAGCCUACAUCACCGUAAUGGAAUACAUAUGCGGGGCAGAUCUAAUGCGAGUAGUGGACAAAGCGGUGUACCUGCCUACCGAGGAGUGCCGUAUCGUCAUGGCGCAGCUGGUCCUCGCGCUGGAGCACAUGCAUCUCAGGGGCCUGCUUCACAGAGACAUCAAGGUCUCCAACAUGCUGAUUAUUCCUGGUGGUAGAGUGAAAGUCAUUGACUUCGACACCAACAAGGUUUGCAUCGGCCACUUCUCCAAGCGCGUCUGCAAGGGCUACUUCUCGAAGACGGCAUUCGAGUUUCAUGACGGGGAAUCGGCGGGCACUGUGCCCUACAUGGCGCCCGAGAUCCUCCGGCGGCGGCCUUAUGGGCGUGCCUGCGACUGGUGGUCGGCCGGGGCCACCAUGUACAAGAUGAUGACUGGACGUGUUCCCUUUCGUGGCGAAAGCAGGGAAGAGCUGACCGACAAGAUCAUCAACCAGCCACUCAAGUGGCCCAAGGCCGAGGAACACCCUCACUCGGCCACGCCCGAGGCCAAGGACAUGGUCUUCAGGCUGCUCAAGAAGAAUCCUGCUGAGCGUCUGGGCUCCAACACUUACACCGAGAUCAGGGGGCACAACUUCUUCAGAAAUUUUAACUGGAAGCGCCUGUCCAGCACCACGGAACUCUGCAACAUUCCCGCCAUCGGCGAAUGCAUGAGCCGCAAGAAGGACCCUGCGGGCAAGGUGGACCGACUGACCGUGAGCGCUACGAGUAACACCCGGAAGCGGAAGCUGCUUAAGGUGGAGGACAUGGUGGACGUGGAUCCGCAGACGCAGAAACCUCUGUACACCUAUUCGUCACCAAGCUUCAAGAAUAUGAUCAACUUUGCCAAAAAACAGAGCGGCCCCGUGGAGCUCAGGGAGUCCUUCUUUGAGACAAGUUGUGGCGAGUCUGAGGAACUGGACUACGGGAGAGCGUCAGAUAUGGAUGUCAACGUGGGAAUAAGUGCGUUUGGUGCAGCGUCAGCGGACAAGUCAAUAAUGGCGAAGGAGCGCAUGGACGUCAUUCUAUUUCGAACGAAAAGCCUGGGCAAAUACUGGAGCUUUGGCAUCGACAUAGUGGAGGUCAACGGAGAGAACAGGAGGUUCAUCAUGGUGGAGAGAGUGAAGAGUGGCAGCCCCGCCGAGGCUUCUCACGUGCUCGAGGGUGACGUCAUCGUGGCGGUGAAUGGGCAUGAUAUCGGCCAAAUUCCCAUCACCGAGGUGCGGCGGCGUAUGCGGGAAUGCGGCGACCAGCUUGUGGUGACUGUGCUGUCGUCUAGUGCGUUCCGGCUGCUCGAGUCGCGGCGCGACUGGGACCAGAUUCUUCGUGCUGCCGGCCAGGACACGCUGCAGCUGCGGCCCAUCAAAACCACCUGUGGGGGAAGCGGCAAUUUCGGCUUCACGGUAUUCGAGGCCAAGGCGUGGAAUGAGCAGAGAAAGGCGUUCGUCCACUGCCACGUCAUCCAGAAGGCCAUGGACGUGCGAGUGGUGACGGCUAAUAAGCGCCUGUACCCGGGUGACGUGCUGCUCAUGCUGAAUGGCGUGCCCGUGGACACCAUGGACCAGAAUGGCUUGAGAGCUGCUUUGGCAAAGGCCGUCAGUGAGCUGAAUGUCACCAUCGCGCCCAUGUCACCGCUGCGCCUCCGAAGGCCCUCGUAUACGCGUCUACACGAGACUGUCGUGACGGAUGCGCGAGAGCCAUCGACCAAAGCCAACAUCCAAGCUGCGCCGCCACUUAACCGUUGAUGGUAGUCGCCGCUGAAAAUAGUGCAACAACGUAGUUAUUGCAAACCCAAUAAACCAAUCGAUCAUUUUCUCUUCA